AUGAGUGAUCCCGCGCCGACUUUCGAUAUCCCCAAGGAGUGCUGGGGCGCUGUUGUGAAAAACGAGGGGCCCGACUUCUAUGUCGAGGUAGAGAAGGUGCCUGUACCUGAAAUCGGUCCCAAUGAUGUCCUGAUCAAACUCAAUGCCACGGGUCUCUGCCUAAGCGAUGUCCACUUUAUGCUCAACGACUGGGGCACCGCGAAGAUGUCCGACCUGGGGGUCAAGUGCGCCGGACACGAAGGAGCUGGAGUGAUUGUCAAAGUGGGUGAGAACGUCACGGCAUACAAGGUUGGCCAGCGGGCCGGCUACAAACCGAUCCAAAAUGUGUGCCAUUCCUGCGAAUACUGCAAGAGCGGCAGAGAGACAUAUUGCUUCAAAGCCGUCUACACUGGCGGCCACUGCGACGGUGGGUACAUGUUGGCGUGCUUGCGGACAGAUGUUAAUGAAACUGCAGGGUCAUACAAGCAGUACGUGGUUUCACCGGAGAAUUAUACAACUCUUAUUCCCGACGGAGUAUCAGACUAUGUCGCCGGUCCUGUGAUGUGCUCCGCCUCGACAAUUUACUCCUCGCUCAAGGAAUCGGAUCUGAGACCCGGUCAAUGGGCCGUCUUCCCUGGUGGUGGUGGCGGUGUUGGUAUUCAGGGUGUUCAACUGGCUGCCGCGAUGGGUAUUCGGCCGAUCGUGGUCGACACUGGAGACGAGAGGAAAAAGCUCUCCCUGCAUUAUGGAGCUGAACAUUUCAUCGACUUCAAGGAUGGAGACCCGGUAAAGAAAGUUCUUGAAAUAACCGAAGGAGGAGCCCAUGGAGUCAUUGUUACUGCCGUACAAGCGUACCCCAUCGCACUUGACUACCUCGGAGCUCGAGGAGGUGGACAAGUCAUGUGCAUUGGCAUCCCGCCGCAAGGAAAGUAUCAUAUCGACCUGGACGCAUCAAGGCUGGUGUUCCGCAAUCAGUCCAUCAAAGGAACUUUGGUCAGCAGCUUGGCCGACAUCGACGAGACACUGGACUUUGCCAAACGAGGGAAACUUCGCCUCGAGCCCACCGUGGUAGGGUUGAGCAAAUUCAACGAAUCGGUUCAGAAACUCAAGAACGGACAAGUAGCAGGGCGAAUUGUGGUUGACUUCAACCUACCGUGA